GGAGCCACCAACCACACUACUGCAUUUGUUUACUCUUGGAAUUCUCUGUUUUUGGUUGACACUAUUCUUCACAGUUGAAAUUCCCACCUGGUGUUUCUGGUUUCCCAUUUCCCAUUUGCUUUCUUUUAUCCAUUUCUCACUAGUUGAGUUUUGUUUAUCCGCCGCUUAAAAUGGUGAACAUUAUCAUUUUUCCUAUUGAUUGAAAUGAUAUGGGUUUCACUACAAAGUGAUGUCAUGCUUACCAAAAAGUGUAUUGUAUGGUAAGCAUGAUAUCAUUUUGUAAUAGAAUCCACACCAUUUCAACCAAUAAAAAGAAGUGUAAUGUCCACUUUCUUUUAAAACGGGUGAACAAAAUUGCACUCUUUUCUCACAUCAUUGGCUCCCCAGCUGGUUCAGGUUAUUUUUCUACAAAAAAAAAAAAAUAAUAAUCCAGUUCUUUUUUCUUCAUUUCCCACCUGGGUUCUCCCUUCCUGCUGGCCUUUUCGUUCCAAGCUCAGAUUUUUCUCCUUUUCCUCUUCUUCAUCCCCAAAUUCUCCACCUGGGUUGCUUCCCUCUUCUCAAACCAAAAUUUGCCUCUCUCUCUCUCUCUGGGAUACAAUUUUAGAUUUUAUCUACAGAUUCUAGAUUUCAGCUUCAAAUUCUGCUGCAGAUUUUAGAUUUCUGAUUUCAGUAGAAGUAGAAACCUGUUUUGUUUUUGUUGCAUCCAUUCGUUUUCUGAGAAUUUUUGGUGCAGAAUCUCAAAAGCUAUCCAAACCCUGUUUUGGGGUUUUGGGAAUUUCAUUCAUUUUUAGCUUUUCAGAAUCUCUGUAGAAUAUGAGAAUCCGUCAUCCAAUUUUUGACAAACACUCCAAACUGAUUUCGAAAAGCUAGAAUCUCAAAAUCUGCACAAAAAAUUUCCCGCAAACACGCACAGAUCUCUUGAAGUUGCAUGAAUUGUAAACCUCCAACACAAUCAGCAAAGAAAUUUUGAAGUUGCUUGAGGAAUGAAGUGUUUCUUCCCAUUCAAAGACAAGUCCAAGUCCCGCCAAGGGAACUCCGCGCCCGAGUUGAAAAACAAAAGCGGUAGUAACUCAGAUAAUUCAGCAGCCAAUCGGAGCACGAAGUCGGCCGGUAAUCCGGCACCUUCGCCGCGGAGCUUACCGGAGAUGUACAGAGAAAAGCAGCACAAUUUGACAGUGUUUUCUUUCUCAGAGCUCAGACAUGCGACUAAUGAUUUCAACAAGUUGCUGAAGAUUGGGGAAGGUGGGUUUGGGAGUGUUUAUAAAGGCACAAUUGGGCCUCCGAAUGGGCAUCGUGAUCCUACUGUGGUUGCCAUUAAAAAGCUUAACAGACACGGAUUGCAGGGUCAUAAAGAGUGGCUUGCUGAAGUCCAAUUUCUUGGCAUUGUCGAUCACCCAAACCUGGUAAAACUUCUAGGAUACUGUUCUGCAGAAGGUGAGAGAGGGAUACAACGCCUGUUGGUAUACGAGUACAUGCCCAACAGGAGCUUAGAAGACCAUCUUUUCCACAGGACUUCAGCAGUUCUCCCUUGGAAAAAAAGAUUGGAAAUUAUCCUUGGUGCAGCUCAGGGAUUGGCUUAUUUGCAUGAGGGACUCGAAAUCCAGGUUAUAUUUAGAGAUUUCAAAUCUUCCAACGUGCUGUUGGAUAAAGACUUCAAGCCAAAGCUUUCAGACUUCGGGCUAGCUAGGGAAGGCCCAGUUGGCGAUCGUACUCAUGUAUCCACAGCGGUGGUUGGGACAUAUGGAUAUGCUGCCCCAGAAUACGUCGACACUGGCCAUCUUACUGUCAAGAGUGACAUAUAUAGUUUUGGUGUAGUGCUCUAUGAGAUUCUAUCGGGCAGGCGGACUUUGGAAAGAAACCGCCCAACGGCGGAACAAAAGCUUCUAGAAUGGGUGAAGCAGUACCCAGUGGACAGCAAUAGGUUUAGCAUGAUAAUUGACCCGCGACUCAGAAACCAAUAUUCCUUUAGUGCAGCACGGAAGAUCGCCAAGCUAGCUGAUAGCUGCCUAAUAAAGAAUGCAAAAGAUCGGCCCACAAUGGGCCAUGUGGUGGAAAUCUUGAAACAAGCACUAGAAGAGUCGGAAGAAGCAAGUUCUUCUGCGAAUAGGAGUUCGGAGGCAUCUUCAUCUAAGCAUGCCGCCUUAACUAAACUCCCACAUCGAGUGGGGAUUACAGACAAUGCAAGUAGGGCGACACAGUCACCUAGGCAGAUAUGCUUCAGUUAGGGUAAAAAUGGCUCGAGCUUUACCCGUGCGGCGGACCUUAUGUUUCUCUUGAAUAAUGAGGUUUUGAGUCUCCUGACGUGCAUUUUCAAGGAGCCGUUUUGUGUUGGGCUUAUAUAUGCAGUUCAUGCAUUAGUCGUAUUCUUAUAUGUUUUUGUUUUGAAUUAAGAGGUUGUAUGUUUAUCUGGAAGAGGAGAGUAUGAAAGCCUUAUAAGACAUGAUCUGCUAAAUAGAUUUUAUUUUCAACCCUAGGAGAAGGGAUUGUGUACAAAUAUGAUGUGAAUCGUAAAAUGGGUGUUUUUUGAUGUUGUAAAGAGUGAGAAUUUCUUCA